UAUAGUAAUGUUUUUAAUAAAGAGUCAGAUACAAGUAUUAAGCAUUUCCAAGCAACCUUAAACUUAAAAGAUAAUUAUACUCCGGUUUUUCAGAAACCGUACCAGUUGCCUUAUAAUAUUGUCAACAUAGUGUCAGAGUCCUUAGAUAAAAUGGAAAAAGAUGGUAAGAUAUUUAAAGUAAAUCAUUCAGAAUGGGCUUCACCCAUCGUUCCAGUAAAGAAAAAUGAUGGUUCAUACAGGUUAUGUGUCGAUUUCAAGAAAACGGUCAAUCCUAAUUUGAAUAUUGAUAUCUAUCCAUUGCCUAAAGCAGAGGAUGUGUUUGCUACUAUGUCAGGUGGAUCAGUUUUUGUAGUUUUGGAUUUGACAGAUGCGUACCAACAACUUAUUGUUAGUGAAAGUAGUCAACCUUUGCUAACAAUUAAUACACAUAAAGGAUUAUAUAGAUUUACUCGUCUCAUAUAUGGUAUUGCAUCAGCACCAGCGAUUUUUCAAAAGAUUAUGGAUCAAAUACUGUCAGGGAUUCCAAAUACAUGUUGUUAUAUAGAUGAUAUUCUGAUAAAAGGAAACAAUAUGAAAGAUUGUUUAGAUACAGUUAGAAAAGUGUUGGAAAGAUUAGAUAAAUAUAAUGUCAAAGUGAAAGAGGGAAAAUGUACAUGGUUCUCAGAGUCUGUCGAAUAUUUGGGUCAUGUUAUUUGUAAGGAAGGUAGGAAACCGAGUAAAUCAUUAGUCGAGGCUAUAGUAAAAUGUAAAAAACCUGAAAAUGUCAAAGAGUUACGUUCAUACUUAGGAAUGUUGAACUUUUAUAAUAACUAUAUUGGAAAUUUAAGUACUUUAACCAAACCAUUGAGAGAACUCAUAGAAAAGAAUGUUAAGUGGAAUUGGUCUGAUUUACAUCAACAAUCAUUUGAGUUAUCUAAACAAAAAUUAUUGAAUAGUGAUAUAUUGGUUCAUUAUGAUCCCUCACUUCCAUUAGUACUAUUUACAGAUGCCAGUCCAGUGGGUCUAGGUGCAGUAUUAUGUCAUGCCAUUAAAAAAGGAAAUAAUAAAUUGAUGGAAAAACCAAUUGCAUUUGCAUCAUGUUCAUUAACUAAAGUUCAACAGAAUUAUUCACAGUUAGAUAGAGAAGCCUUAGGUAUUAUUUAUGCUGUGACUAAGUUUCAUAAAUAUUUAUGGGGUAGACAGUUUACCUUAAUAACUGAUAAUGCUCCAAUUCGUCAUAUUUUUCAUCCUAGUAAAAAUGUACCAACGUUGGCAACUCACAGAUUGCAACAUUGGGCAUUAAUAUUGUCAAGUUAUAAUUAUGAUAUUCAACAUAGAAAAAGUGACUUACUAUGCCAUGCAGAUGCCUUGUCAAGGCUUCCAAUUAAUAAAAUAGUUAUAGAUAAUUCAAGUCAUAUUAAUGAAAGUGUCUUAUUAGAAUUACCCAUGUCUCAUGUUGAUAUAGCAUGUGAAACUGCAAAAGAUUGUGUUUUGAGUAAAGUAUUAGAUUAUGUUAAGGUAGGAUGGCCUAAUUAUAUGAACGAUCCAGCAAUUUUGCCGUAUUUUAGAAUGCGUUUUUACAUAAAUGUAGUUGAUGAUUGCUUAUUGUUUGGUUCAAGGGUGAUAGUCCCUCCGAAAUGUCAAGCAAAAGUGUUAGACUUAUUGCAUGAAGGACAUCCUGGAAUUGUAAGAACUAAGUUACUGGCCAGAUCUUCAUUUUGGUGGCCUAAUAUGUCUACUGAUAUUGAGAAUAAAUGUAAAUCCUGCGAGUCAUGUGCAGCUGUUAAUUUUAAGUCGGAUAAUACAACUAUUCCAUGUGUCUCAACCUAAUGUAGAAAAUCCUAGUUGUAGUACUGUACCAAGCUCUGUACAGAGUUCAGAGGUCCUCGCUCCUGUUACCGAGCCUCAACCGAGAACCCUAGUUCCAGUUAGGAAGUCCAGUAGAAUAGUCCGUCCUCCAAAUAGAUUAAAUUUGUAAGGGGAGAGUGUGGUGUAUUCGAACACUUUAUAUUAUAUUAUCUAUGCUAAGUUGUCUGUGGUCAUUCUCAAGUACAUAAGUUGUGUCCGGUC